AUGCGGCUUGGAAGCGGCCAGCGGAAGUGCUGCAGCACUGCGUGUGGUUCCUCGACGACCCUCGCGACCUCCUCAUCUCGCGCUGCGUUUCGCUUCUCUUCCUCGCCCUGGCCGAUCCCGACUCGUAACUGCCCCCCCCCAAAACGCGUAGCGCCCCAAGUUUCGCCCAAACCAACCAAACAUGUCCAUCAGACAAUGGCGGCGGACUCUACGGACUUGAAUGGACGGCCUCGGCAGCGGGCGAACGGGAGUACAGGAGCGAUUUGCCUCUGGUGCGCGGUGUAUCUUCAUGGAAGCACGUGUUCUGGUUGCGGUGGAAAGUGGAGCGCAAGUACGUUAAACACUGGGUAG